AUGGCGAAAAAGCGGAAAAGCUCUGAGAUGGUCCCUCAUACAACGCCAGAAGCACGGCGGCAGCAGAAGCCAAUGGAACUAUCACACGACCUCGCUCAAUUCUGCCAUGACGCCGGAAUUGCCUUACCUAUAGAUGACCGUAUCUCUCCUGCCAAGGACCAGAACGGCAUCGGACAUAAGAUCGUGGGAUCGUAUCGGCUCUUGUGGUGGAAGAACAAACCUGCGUUGGAGAUUGCUAUCAACCAAUUCUUCAGAAGUCUUCCCUCCACUCCAAACAGCACUUCAGAGUUUGUCAAGCUCGAAUUGAUAUAUGAGGCUCUGAGGGGACCGGCGGAGAUGGCCAAAAACCAGAGCAUGACACCAAGGACCGCCAGGAUUGUCGAGAAUGCCUUCGAGCCAAUGCAAGCUGACCCACCAUCACCAUCCCCAACACCAGCUAAGACCAAGGGCAAAGGCAUCAAGGGUCAUUUCACAGCGACUAAAUCGGUAGCAAAAGGGCCACGAGACGACGGCACCUCUGUUUACUAUUCUGCCAAAACUUCAAUGGCACCUCCUGCGGCAGAUACAUCCUUCACAACUGCUGCUACGAAGUCCUUCGACGGGCUGUUCCAAUCCAGUCCGCGCCAAGCGACUCAAGACACGGCAGCGACCUCAUUCAGCGAUAUGUCUACUUCGCCCAGACGGCGAGAAUCCAACUACUUGUCCUCACUUUCUACGACCGAAUGUGGCGAGCUGAUGAACAAGCUUGAGGAGGUUGAGUCAUCUCAGAAGUCAAAGGCUACAGACAAGACAGCACGACCGACUCUACCGCUAUUUGCACCCUCAACCCAGUCACUUCGCGACACAGAAACUACAUGGGGCUCUUCACUCGACACCAGCGCAUAUGAAGAGGGCCAGAAAGACGUCGACCAGUUCAUAGCUAACGGCUAUUACUGGCAGAAGCGAGACAGCGGCGUGGUUAGCGAAGAAGAAUUCGAGACCGCGGAUGAGCACAUUGAAUCGCCGAAGCGUCAGAAACUGAGCACAAAGCUUCAGACUUGUCCUGAGAAUGCCGCGGAUACAGAACCGGCUCAAUUCCGACCCUCACAUGGGUUUGCGCAAUUGCAGCUUCCCGGCGUGUUUUCUUCACUGCCAUUCUACAUCCAAUGGGAGGCACAGCGCCUACUUCAAGCUCAGAUUGUGACGCCGCAAAGGUUACUGGACCAGUGGCGGACAAAAUCCUUGCAGGAGCUGUAUCAGAUCGCGUCGCAGCAGGAAAAGCCAUUCUCUAGAGCUUUCAACGCCGAGCAUCCUGACUACCAAGACAUGACAUUCACUGGAAAGCUGCAAUUUGCAGUGUCGAGCAACGGCGUACUAUUCGAUAUGAAGCUUCAAUAUCCCAGCAAAGGCACCACUUCCGAUCUGCAGCGUCGAUUUGGCAGUGAAAGGAUCCUCUACGUUGACAUGCCGAGCCUCAACAAACCACCAGCCUUCUUGAAAGGCAAAAACCUCAUGAGACGAUUUGAAGAAAUGGCUGAGACUCCACAAACAUUCCUCGGUCGACGAUGGUUCCUCCUUCUUACCCAAGCUCACAAGAAGAGGAAGAAGUCUGACCUGGCAGUAACUAAGCCUGGGGCUAGCCGGCUUGUGUUUGUCGCCAUUGACCACGAAACCACACUACAUGACGUAGUCUCCUACGUUGUGCCGCACCGCGAGAACGCGAAACAGGCCGCGCGGAAACUCUACUCGAGAUUCGAACUUGUGGUAUCCGCCAGCAAGCCGGCAGUUGCUUUUCAGCCAAAGGACAUUGACUAUGGCGUCGAGGACCAGCGUGCGACUUCGGAUCCUGCCGACAAUAGGUUCUUGGACCCAGCCCUCAUGCAGUACUUCUAUGAGCCAGAGGUGUCUGCAAGGGAGAUGAGUGAUGGAUGCUGCGAAAUGUCGCUUUCCACCGCGCGUGAAGUUGCGACGGCGUUGGGGAGAACAGACAUGCCCUCCGCGGUCCAGUGUCGCAUUGCUGGAAGCAAAGGAAUCUGGUACCGAAGACUACGUCAAGCAGGACACACCGACGAACACGACGAAUGUCCAAGCCAUCACAUCAAGAUUGCGAGGACGCAGAUCAAAGUCCUAAGAGAUUCACUGUUGGACUGUGACCCUGGAACGCUGGUCCUAAACGUCCUGAAGGCCAACUCUCCCGCAAGGAGAUCUUUACUGCACAUUGGGUUCUUGCCGAUUCUGCUUGAUCGAGGCGUGCCACGGGAAGCCAUUUUUCAGCCUAUUCGAGAGAACAUUCAGAGACAUUUUGAAGAGCUGCACAUGGCCUUGAAGAGCACAAAACCGACGCCAUUACGCCGAUGGAUGCACGCCCAAAACGAAAUUUGGGAAGAGCGUAGUCGCAGCGGCGGAAUACGAACCCUCGCUGGCUUUCCUCAAGCUCGGGAAGAAAGGAUCGUCCAAUUACUGGAAGCUGGCUUUGUUCCUAGCCAGGACGCAUUCCUUGCUGGCGAGGUGCAGGCCAUGGUAGAACAUUGGCUGGAUGUCACGCGCAAGAAUUUCAAGAUCCCUCUCGGUCGCUCGACUACUCUGAUGGGUAUGGCUGACCCCACCGGCACUCUUGAACCAGGUGAGGUUCACGUAAAUUUCUCGGCACCAUUCAGGGACCACGUCACCGGCGAAGUGCGGUCACUACUGACUGGAGAGGGGUUGGUUGCAAGAAAUCCAGCCAUGGCGCCGUGGGAUAUGCAGAAAGUUCGCUUCGUCUUUUGUUCGGAGUUGGCUGACCUUCCGGACAUGAUCAUCUUUUCAGCGAAAGGCAAAAGGCCAUUGGCAGAACUUCUCCAAGGGGGCGACUACGAUGGUGAUACUUUCUGGGUGUGCUGGGAACCAAAGCUAGUCGCACCCUUCAAGAACGCACCUGCACCAUGGGGGCCGCCGCAAAUCGAUUUUUUUGGCAUCGACAAGGAUCGACAGACGCUGCGAGACUUCGUCACGGAUCCGCGGUCUGAAUCUCAGUGGUGCCAUUUCUUCAGUGAAAUGGCAGUGACUCGAAUUCGGUUCAACCUUCUGGGUACCGUUACCCGCCUUCACGAAUGUCUUGUCUACUUGGAAGGUGGCAUUAACUCCGAGAUGGCCAUUUACCUCGUCCACUUGCAUGACUACCUCGUUGACGCGGAAAAACAGGGCUACAACUUCGACGAGGCCGCCUUUCGCCGCUUCAAAGAGAAGAUCAAACUACCUAAGAAUCUGCCACGGCCUCUCCAUUGGGCUUUUACAAAGAUAGACGAUGAUGAUGAUGAAAGGAACAACAUGAGGGCUCCGAUUGUGGAGGGCAAUGUCAUCGAUGAUGUGUUCCUCAAGAUUGUCAAACCCAAGGCCGACGAAGCCAUGCACCGCGUGAAGCAAGUCCUCUUUCCAGCCCGACAGUUCAUGGAUCCGCAUUUGGGCAAGUUCCUCGAAGAGACGAUAACGUCCGCCCACAAAGGCUCGUUGAUUCGAAGAGAGCUCAAAGCCAUCGAGAGACCGCUGGAAGACAUUCGCCAAGUGUGGAAGACUCACCAGAGGGUGUGGGGUUUCAAUGAGCUGGUCUUGCGGCUCCGCACGAAAUACGAUGCCAUCACACCGCACGACACCUUACAUCCCACUGUCGUAGAGUGGAUGCGGAAGCAAGGCAACGACCUGACGAUCUGGGAGAAGCUCAAAGCCUGCGUGUUCGCCAAGCUUCACCACGGAACGCUGCAGCGAGGUAGACUGGUGUUCUCAGUCGCCGGCAGGGAUCUUUGCAUUAUCAAGCAUCACGAGGUUGGACCAUCACACGCGGUCACGGAGGAGGCGUGGUGCAACUUCAAGAUCAGCAACAAACCCAGAGAGAUCGAAGAGCUCGUCGACGAUGACGACGAACCGGAUGCAGGCGAAGCGGAUGCAGUAGAUCAAGAUGACGAUGACGGAUUCCAGGUGGUGCAGCAGCCUGCCGGCUACUUUUGA